GGGAGGCUCCGCGCGGGAGCCAUGUAACCCUGCGGCGGGCUCCGGGCUGCUCCGUCCUUCUCCAGCAAUUGGGCUAGCGCGGCAGCGGGGCCACGAUGAAGAAGCAGUUCAAUCGCAUGCGCCAGCUGGCCAACCAGACGGUGGGCAGGGCCGAAAAGACUGAAGUUCUGAGCGAAGACCUUCUUCAGGUGGAGAAGCGUCUGGAGCUGGUGAAGCAAGUGUCUCACAGCACGCACAAGAAACUCACCGCAUGUCUGCAGGGUCAGCAAGGGGCAGAGGCUGACAAGCGCUCUAAAAAGUUGCCUUUGACAACACUGGCUCAGUGUCUGAUGGAGGGGUCAGCUAUCCUGGGAGAUGACACACUUCUUGGGAAGAUGCUGAAACUCUGUGGAGAGACAGAAGACAAACUGGCCCAGGAGCUGAUACAUUUUGAAUUGCAAGUAGAGAGAGAUGUGAUUGAGCCUUUGUUUUUGCUGGCUGAGGUGGAAAUCCCAAAUAUUCAAAAGCAGAGGAAACACUUAGCCAAGCUGGUGCUGGACAUGGAUUCAUCACGAACCAGGUGGCAGCAGACUUCCAAGUCUUCAGGUUUGUCCAGCAGCUUACAGCCUGCGGGUGCCAAAGCUGAUGCCCUCAGGGAAGAAAUGGAGGAGGCUGCCAACAGAGUGGAGAUUUGCAGGGACCAGCUCUCAGCUGACAUGUACAGUUUUGUGGCCAAAGAAAUUGACUAUGCAAACUACUUUCAAACGCUAAUAGAAGUGCAAGCUGAAUACCACAGGAAGUCCCUGACCCUAUUGCAAGCUGUGUUGCCUCAGAUCAAAGCACAACAGGAGGCUUGGGUGGAGAAGCCUUCCUUCGGGAAGCCCCUAGAGGAGCAUCUCACCAUCAGCGGCCGGGAAAUUGCCUUCCCCAUCGAGGCGUGUGUGACUAUGCUGCUUGAAUGUGGGAUGCAAGAGGAGGGACUUUUCCGAGUAGCUCCCUCUGCCUCCAAGCUGAAGAAGCUGAAAGCUGCCCUGGACUGCUGCGUGGUAGAUGUGCAGGAAUACUCGGCAGACCCCCAUGCGAUUGCAGGAGCUUUGAAAUCUUACCUCCGAGAGUUGCCGGAACCUCUUAUGACCUUUGAACUCUAUGACGAGUGGAUUCAGGCUUCCAAUAUCCAGGAACAAGAUAAGAAACUUCAGGCUCUGUGGAAUGCUUGUGAAAAAUUGCCUAAGGCCAAUCACAACAACAUCAGAUACUUGAUCAAAUUUUUGUCCAAGCUGUCAGAAUAUCAAGAUGUAAACAAGAUGACUCCCAGUAACAUGGCAAUUGUUUUAGGACCCAACCUCCUAUGGCCACAGGCGGAAGGGAACAUUACGGAGAUGAUGACCACAGUUUCACUGCAGAUUGUUGGGAUCAUUGAACCCAUCAUCCAGCAUGCAGACUGGUUCUUCCCUGGGGAGAUAGAGUUCAACAUUACAGGCAAUUAUGGGAGUCCAGUGCACGUGAACCAUAAUGCCAACUACAGCUCAAUGCCCUCCCCAGACAUGGAUCCUGCUGACCGGCGCCAACCCGAGCAGGCCCGCCGGCCCCUCAGUGUUGCCACGGAUAACAUGAUGUUGGAAUUUUAUAAAAAGGAUGGCCUUAGGAAAAUCCAAAGCAUGGGCGUGAGGGUCAUGGACACAUCUUGGGUGGCUCGAAGAGGCUCCUCAGCCGGUCGGAAAGCAUCCUGUGCCCCACCCACCAUGCAGCCUCCCGCCCCGCCUGCCGAACUGGCUGCACCCCUGCCGUCGCCCCUGCUGGAGCAGCCCCUGGACAGCCCUGCCACCCCCGCGCUUUCUCCAUCCGGCCUGGGCCUCCAGCCUGGGCCGGAGCGGACCAGCAUGUCUAAAAGCAAGGAACUUUCUCCAGGGUCUGGGCAGAAAGGAAGUCCAGGCUCCAGCCAGGGGACAGCCUGCACGGGGACACAGCCAGGGGCACAAGCAGGGGCGCAGCCGGGCACCAGCCCCAGCCAGCCUCCGGCAGACCAGAGUCCUCACACCCUCCGGAAAGUUUCAAAGAAGCUGGCACCAAUUCCACCCAAGGUCCCCUUUGGCCAGCCGGGGGCUGUGGCUGACCAGUCCACGGGCCAGCCAUCCCCAGUCAGCUUGUCCCCCACCCCACCGAGCACCCCAUCGCCCUAUGGACUCAGCUACCCUCAAGGGUACUCCUUGGCCUCAGGCCAGCUUUCCCCGGCUGCAGCUCCCCCACUGGCCUCUCCUUCUGUCUUUACAAGCACUUUGACCAAAUCACGGCCCACUCCCAAGCCCCGACAGAGACCUACUCUGCCGCCUCCUCAGCCUCCCACAGUCAACCUCUCAGCCUCUAGUCCACAGUCCACGGAGCCCCCCAUGCUAGACGGCAUGUCCCCUGGGGAAAGCAUGUCUACAGCUGUGUGACAUGAGUGACGCAGUUUUGGAUACGUGUGAGGGGGAUUUUCAGGAUCUUGUCCACUUUGAUAUCCCCUCGAUCCACAUAGAGCUGGGGUCGACACUCCGCCUGAGUCCCCUGGAGCGUGUGCGGCGACACUCAGUGACUGACAAGAGGGACUCGGAGGAGGAGUCUGAGAGCACCGCCCUCUGACAUGGCACCCACUCAUCCCGACAUGCGUGUACAUACAUCCAUGGGCCCCAGAACACGCCGCCAGGAGCAGCGUCUGUGAACUUGCCAAGUGUUCUCCGUUGGCUUUCCUGUCACUGCCAACAUGAGGUUGGAGUUAAGCAGAAAAUUGUGAUCUCCGGUCCGUGUGGCAGUGCUGGUAGAGAUUUUUGUUCCUUUCAGGUGGUGACUUCAGCCUUUUGUUUGACCUUUGCCUUUUGACUUUGUGCCUAUUUUAAUUCACUUCCAGCCUCCAUGCCAAGCAACACCCACUUCUCUACCCAAGACUUCCAGAAAUGUCCUUUGCAGGGUGAGGGUGGUGUGAAAGAGGGUGGAGUUGCCUGGUUAGACCUGAGGGCUGCUACCUUUCCUCAGACAGCUAAUGUCAGGUCCUGCAAUAUAGCUUAAUUAAGGCUACAGAAAAGCAACAGGACAGCAGGAAUCAUUUCACAUACAAGUGGACUAGGUCUGGGCUUCUAGCAGUCCUGGGGCACUGCCCUUUGCCAGCCACUGGGGGGAGGGCUUGCCACUGUAAAACCUUUUAGGCUGCCCUUAAUCAGGGGGCUUCAAGGUAAAUGGCUUAAAAGUUAUUUCAUGCCCUAAUAGUUUUUUUUCCCCAUUGUGUGACUGAAAGCUCCUGUUACUCCCUAUCAUUUUAUACUUCUUUGAAUCUUAAGAGACCUUGUGGUGUACGCAGGAUGCAAAGGUAGCCCCCAUGACCUCUUUCCCCCCAAAACAUUAACUAUUGGAGAGUAAUUUUAUCCCUCCAGGCACCUGGAGGCACCCAGCUCACUAGUAUGUGGGGUCCUGGAGCCUGUCUCUUCUUUCUGGAGGUUACAGCUGAAUAGCAAUAAUUCUGUUACCCAAAGCAUGUAGAGGAAAGUGAAACCAGCCACGGAGAAACAUGCCCAUAUGCUCGGCCUGCAGUGUGGCCUGCUUUGCUCACCAGCGUCAACUGCUCAUCCCUUCUCAUGAAGUCCCAUCCAGUCAUGGGGACGAGGGCUGGGAGGGCACCAGGGAGCCUCCUCACACUUGAGGACUAAAGGAGUGAGAAAGAUUUGGGCCAUGCAUGCAAAGUCAAAGUUUAAAAUUUUAUCCUUUUAAAAUAGAUAUAAUAUACCUAUACAUGAUAUAAUAUUUGUAUAUAUGAAAUCUAUAUUUGUUUAAUUUGAGCCAUUCAGUCUAAACCAAUGUACAGGUGUACAAUGAAAAAUUUAAAUGCUUAGUUAUUUUUCCCAACACAGUGUAAAGUCACCCUUCUCUGAGAGUGGGAUUUUCAGACUUUUGAUGUUACAGCUUUGCUCACUUCUUGGCAAGGGCAGUUCAAUCCUCAAUUUGUAAUGGAGUCCGGGUGCGGGAGGGGGGUUGAAAGUUAUCUUUAAAUACAUGUAAAAAUUGUUGUCAAAAGUAAUGUUAUUAAAAUAGAUUUAUUAUCCCUGA